AUGGCAGAUGAAUUGGGAGCGUCGGGGAUGACAGAUGAAAUGGGAGCGACGUGGAUGGCAAGGGAAUUAGGGACGACGGAGAUGGCAGAUAAAUUGGGAGCGACAGGGAUGUCAGGGGAAUUGGGAGCAGCGGGGAUGGCAGAGGAAUUGGUUGCGACGGGGAUGGCAGAGGAAUUAGGAGCGACAGGAACGGAAGAGUUGUCGGGAGCUCUGGAGGUUCGAAGAAGCUGUAUUGCCACAUUUUGGAAGACAGCGCAGGGAUAUUAUAGUCGAAAACCCAGA